AUGGCAUUACGUCGCUGUGUUGAACAUCUUUCUUCAUCAUUUUCUAAAGAACAAUCAACAUAUGCUACAUGGAUUCGAUCACAUGCACAACAUCGUGAACAAGCUCGAAUGAAUCGUGCUGAACAGGAACGAGAACAAAAAGUUAAUCAAAAUCGAUGGCGUUGGACAUUUCAACGUAGUCAUGAUCGUGAACAAAUGCGUCAUCAACUACCAAUAAUAAAAAUACAUUCAUCAAAUAAAGAAUAUGUUUGUCAUUUUCAAUAUGCAUUUUCGAAUAAACCUUUGUCAUCAAUAAAAGAUUGGAUGGCAAAAUUUUUUCGAUCAUAA